AUGUCUCCGUCUAGCUCACAAGAGGCAGCUUCGGUCAGCCUUUCGGACGAGGACCGCUAUUUCAAUUCCAACCCACCACCGAAAUGCCUAGACGAGCACAUGACCUUGGUGAACAAGUUUCUUGACAGGCAUGCCAAGGCGAACCGGCGCGUGGUUCUUGUCACUUCUGGAGGCACCACGGUGCCUCUUGAGAGGCAAACAGUACGCUUUAUCGAUAACUUUUCCGCCGGGACGCGUGGCGCCACCAGCGCCGAGUACUUCUUGGACGACGAGGCCGACUAUGCUGUGAUUUUCCUGCACCGGCAGUUUAGCCUUCAGCCGUACAGCCGGCAUUAUUCGCAUGCAACAGACGGGUUUUUGGAUUUUUUGACAGAAGAUGAGCAUGGCAUCCGGGCUCGCGACCAGGAUGCUACCGCCUUGCUGUGUGUCUUGCGCCGUUACCGUGCCGCUCGUGAUCGCUUGUUGGCCCUGCCUUUCGUUACCAUCACCGACUACUUAUUCGAAUUGCGGGCUAUCAGCCGCGCUAUGCACCGUGUCGGAUCCAACGGCCUGCUCUACUUGGCCGCUGCCGUCUCCGACUUUUUCCUUCCUCCCGAGCGGAUGUCCGAACAUAAGAUACAGAGCACCGACAUUCAAUUGGAUUCGGAAAAGUCCGCGGUCCGGAAUGAAGACGAGGAAGAGGCGUUCGACAACUUUGAUUCGUCUCCCAACAUCCCCAGAAGCAAGCGGCUCGUCAUUGAUCUAGACCCAGUCCCCAAGUUCCUUAAAAACCUCGUUGACAAUUGGUCACCGCAGUGCAUGGUUAUCUCUUUCAAGCUGGAGACUGACCCACAACUGCUUAUUGUCAAAGCAAAGGGUGCUUUGGACCGGUACCAGCACAACCUUGUGAUUGGCAACCUACUAUCUACGCGCAAGCACGAGGUGGUGUUCGUGACCCCUGACGCCGUCGAUUGGCUCCGAUUGAACGAGAAGGAUCUCGCUGCCAACAUCGAGAUCGAGGGCCGUAUUGUCCCUCAGGUUGUUUCUCUCCAUGACAAACACAUCCAGCACGUGCAAAAGGCAAAAGCAGAGGGGGUCGUGUAA